AUGUCUGAUUAUGACGAUGAUGAGAUGUCUAGUAUUUACGAACGCAUCUUGAAAGCAUAUGAUGAUUCCGAAUCUACGAUUGACUACACCGUCGUUUCAAUCGGGGUGCAAACUUUGGUGCUCAUCCUGUUUGUUGAAAGUGUAAAGCAUAAAUUGGAACAUGCCGCAAAAGGACGGCCGUUAUUCGGUGAGGUGCUUCAUAGUGUCUACAGCGAACUAUCGACCCUUGGAGUCGUCGAAUUGGUCGUCUACCUCAUCCUAAAAUAUUACAAGGACUACAACAAGGCAAAGAAGUCUGUGUUCGCGGAUGUUCAUUUUUGCCUCUUUUAUGUGGCAAUCUUCAAUGCGUUCCAAACAGUUAUCGUCGCGGCAGCAACCAUGAGGACAAGUAAAAAACAAUGGGUUGACACGGAGAAAAUCGACCUCGACCAUUAUGUUGCCAUAAGAGAAGAGUUCGAUAAGCUUCGAGAGAAGCUCGAUCACAGCCGUGACAGAGAUUUCACCGUACAAGGCGUUUUCCGGAACUUGAUACAGAGCAUAAAAAAUCCUGGUCUCCAAGGAAGAUACUCUGAUCUACUAGUCAGAGUAAAUUUCCAUUCUUUGCGCGUGCACUUGUUACGCCAGGAGAAUUUGCCCCUAACACUGAAAGUUAGUGACUACUUGAAAAGAUCAGAAGCUCGCGUCCUAACACGGUUGGUCCACGUUUCUGGAGGGGCGUGGUUGAUGCUUACUGGUGGGCUGAAUCUAAUAUAUUUUGGAAUGGGAAUGGUUGCCUAUGUAUACGAGGAUCAAAAAUUGAUAGGAAACUUCAUGACCUCCAUUUUCUUCUGUAUGUUGUUGAUCUUUAUUUUCAUAACAGUGAUUCUCUACUUCAAAAUGAGAAGCACAUUUCGAACCAUCAUGACCACGAAAUACGAUUUGAAGGGUAUGGAUGACGAAACCAGGGCGAAAGGAGUUCGGCAACAAUUGAACCUCUUUUGGUUUGGCGAGCCAGAGUUUGUUAUUACGAUUAUCCAGUUUAUGCAAUUCGGAUAUGCUCUUGCACUGGCCAUCGUGCUGAUGUACUGGAAGUCCCUGACAACCUUUGAGCCGUAUUACUAUUUGGUUGCAGUUCUUGCUUGCUACAUCAUUUUCGUAUUUGUCUUGUCGAAAGCGCUUCCUCAGUACACGCUAUGCACCUCUCUUGGAUAUCUGGUUAGUAAGGAGAACUUGACGGAAACAGUAGCGAUUCAUCGGCUCGAAGAUGCUCGGCGUUUGGGACUAAAAAUUCUCGCUCAACCAGAGAAGCUUGAUGCUGGCACAGUGUCUGUUGCAGGGGAUAGUAUAUCAACUGAUCACAAGUCUACCUUGAAAACACCUGACUUCGAUGAGAUUGUCGCGACCACGCCGGAUGACUACGCCAUUUCGAACGACAAGACUCAUAUCUUGGCAGAGCUUGUUCAGUCAGAUACAGCAUCCUUACGUAACUUGCUUCCUGAGAAUUCAAGGAAUAGCUUGAGGCAACGUGAUCGCCGUCAAACAAGACGGAAAGCAACUUCAGAUGGAGUCGCUUUGAUGCGGGCGAUGGGGAAUGUCAUUCGAGAUGGUACAAAUGGAAAUCGUCCCGAAGCGACCGAAACACCUGUAGAUCCACAGAAAGCUGUUGAUGAUAGUGAGAUCACUCGUCGGGAUCGCGCUGAGCGGGCUGCAAAUAGGAAGAAUAAGAACAAAACAGUUUCUGCUUCUGGAUUGAUACAGUCCUGGCACAUGAUAACCAAAGUUGAGGAUGAAGAAAGGAUGAAGGAUUCCAUUUCAAAUCCAGGACCCGAACUACGCGCAACACGCCGAAGACGACGGAAGCAAGCUAGGCUCAAAGCUAGAUCCGAAUCUGCCAUAGUGCGACAAUGGAACGCUCAGACUCUAGCACUGCCCAGUCCUCGCGAAUCCAACAAAAUCAAAGCCUCGGACGUGAUUGAAAAUCUUGAUCACGUUUUGGCAGGCACUAUUCCAGAUGUCGAGAUUAUGAAGAGCUCACGAAAUUCUUUGGAUGGUGCAACGGACGCUUCUAUUGGAGGUUUGAGUGAUGUGAAAGUUCAUUUAACGGAACCCGGCGAAGAAAUUUGUGGGGACACUAGCUCGUCUCAUAAAUCCUGUUUCCAUCAAGUGAUUAUAAUGGUGCGGGACUUCUUUCUUAGCCAACGCUACCGAACAUCCAGUCAUGUCUUUGGUACUUUGGUUGCAUUCUUCGUUGUUGGCGACCGUGUCGAAGUGAUGCUUUCGACGACAGGAGCCAUAGCACGCAGCGAUAACACCUGGGAACUCACGCUUAGGAUAGCCUUUUGGAUGGAAACAAUGUGGUACGGCCUCUUCAUCUUAAGUGGCUUUCUGAUCCUUUUCCUUUUUCUCCCUAUCAAUAACAAACAAAACGACCAGCGGGUCGCAAUUUCAGCAGCAGUCCUUGACAUCUUUGUCUCAAGUGGCUGUCUUGCUCUUCUUUUCUUUGCUGAAUUCGAACGAUGUUGUGAUACUUCUGAAUACGAUGCCAACUAUAGUUGCUGUGAUGUCUUUGGAUCCAGGACAUAUGGAGGCCUCGGAGACAUCGAGCCCUUGACGUCUCUUAUCGCGCUACGCAUCUUUCGGUUUGCUGUGGGACGUUUUAUUGUUGAUCGUCUCAAUAAACAUGAAGAUUCGUUUGUUGAUACUGACAACGCCGAGCCAACACUCGAAAUAAAGAACACACCAAUGAAUCAACGCAGCGACUUCAUGCAUCAAACGGUAGGAACACCAAUUCAGAUAUGGGAAAGGGCGAUAAUUGAGUAUCCCAACAUUGUCGAGCAAUAUGGCCACUUCAGUGCUGAAGUGCUACACUGCAUGCUCGGGAUUGAAGUUAUUGAUGACAACACCGCGCGAUCAUCGACUGGUCUCGAGCGGCAACCCCCGACUGUGGAUGCUAAAUUGAAUGACCUUGUGCCACGUAGUUCAAACGGAACCAAUCAUAACGACGUCGAUGUGAUGCCAAAAUUGCUGGAGCAAACAACUGAUCUGCCUGCUCUUGAAGAGGAAAGCGAACGUAAUCUUUUUGAUUCGCAUCAUUCAGUGAACGUAAACCUGAGUACAAAUGGGCACGAGGUUGGACAAGAUACAGAAGAGCACCACACCGAUUUCUAUGCACCAACCGCUCCACUAAUCCGCAGCAUAAGACGCUGUGAUCGAAAGAUGUUGCCAAUCCUGACAGAUUUUGCAACAAUUGAUGUUCUCUUGACUGAGUUUGAAUGUGUCUAUUAUGAAGCGUUUGAUGUUGGGAAUCUAGAAGCUAUGACCAAGAAAGAAAAGAAAGCGCUUUUUGCCCUAAGAAAAACUCGCGGAGGAAAGGGAGUACAACUCCGUGAGAUUGCACGAUCUUUCGCCCAGCUUGGACGGAGGAUUGUGGGGCACCUUAAGCUUUCGGAUGUCACUCAGAUUCAUGUAGAACGCCGUCUCCCGGCUACCGAAAGUGAAGGAGCUAGGGUCGAAAGUGAUGGACUAGAUGAAUUGGAGUCGGAGUGCUGGUCAGAUCACCAGCGCGCCCCACAGGGCGCUUCUCGAAGCUUCAGGUGGCAAGGAGUAAAGGAAGAUCGACUUCGGCUUGUUUCUGAACACUACUCGUUGCUCCUUCGAUUCUAUUCCGACUUGGACGAUGCAGAGAUGUACGUCAACGAUUCAACUGUGGAGGAUGAAGCAAAUGGUCCGUUGCGGAAGAAUAUUGCAUUGCAAUGGGCCCAAACAAUCGCCUACUCUUGUGGCAAGGAAAAGCUCAACCAAAAAUUAUCUCAUUUCGGUGAAAACAACAUUGAUGAGCUUUGUGACUUUUUGACAGUUGUCCACAAACACGACCAAAAUGAAACGAGCAGACGGCGCAAAUCAAUAUUAGCAUAA